GAACUCAGGGUUUGUUUGUUUGAUGAUAUUAAUAGUGCUUCUGUGUGUUUUAAUUGCAGGUAAACCAGCUAUAGCUCAUAGAGACUUGAAAUCAAAAAAUAUAUUAGUAAAGAAAAAUGGAACUUGUUGCAUUGCAGAUUUAGGUCUGGCAGUGAGACACGAUUCAGCUACAGAUACAAUAGAUAUUGCACCAAAUCACAGAGUGGGAACAAAAAGGUACAUGGCUCCUGAGGUACUUGAUGAUUCAAUAAACAUGAAGCAUUUUGAAUCUUUCAAAAGAGCAGAUAUUUAUGCAAUGGGACUAGUAUUCUGGGAAAUAGCUCGCCGAUGUUCAGUUGGUGGAAUCCAUGAGGAUUAUCAGUUACCAUAUUAUGACCUUGUCCCUUCUGAUCCUUCAGUUGAGGAAAUGAGGAGAAUUGUUUGUGAACAGAAGCUACGACCCAAUAUUCCAAAUAGAUGGCAAAGCUGUGAGGCAUUACGAGUAAUGGCCAAGAUUAUGCGAGAAUGCUGGUAUGCCAAUGGUGCAGCUAGACUAACAGCUUUACGCAUAAAGAAAACUCUGUCACAACUCAGUCAGCAAGAAGGAAUAAAAAUGUGAUUUUGGAAAUAGUAUUCAAGAAAACAUUUGAAAGUCCAUAUGUGCACCUUCUUGUGCAUUAAGAAUUGUUCUACCUCACGGAGGGAACAGAAGAAUAUUGCUGCCUUUUAUACAGGAUAGGAUAAUCAGUUAUUAGUCCAGGAUUUCUAUAGAUGCAGUAAAUGGUUGUACAGGUUCUUAAUUAUUUUUCGAAGGCCACACUGAUAUCUGUUACAUUGAAAACACAAAGAACAAGCUGGAAAGUGGAACUUGCGCAUGCCAUGCACAGCACUGAAGGACAAUAAGAAAGAUAUGUUCAUGAUGGUACACACUGUAUAUUCCUGUCAAAUUAUUUUGUUUCAUUAUUAAGACACUAUUAUUGAACGCCUUUCAUUGGAACUUACAUAUGUGACCUCAUUUUAUCUGGAACAUACAUACACAAUUUAUGCAAUACUUUGUAUUAUGUUUCUGUCUUUUGCAUCAGAACAUUACUUGCCUUUAAAACCAUUGUACUGUACUAGUUAGUGCCACUUUUGAAUUUUCUUAAUGCAAUUCAUUAGGAUAUACAAAGUCCUUGAUCCUUGUAUAAUGACAGUAAAUCUGCAUUCCUCAAUCUUCUACAUACUUUGGUAUUACCAAAUUCCUGCAUUUCCCAUGCAGCAUUGCCAGGGUUCUGCUGGUUGGGAAUCCUAACUUACAGGAUGGCACCAAGCUGCAUUAAAUAAUAUGAUGAUUGGCUAUAUGAUGAUUUCAUACUCAUGCAUGAAUUUAUUUUUAUCAAAUGCUCUUAUUCACUAGACAAUAGGAACUGAAGUAUACCAAUUAAUUCUGUGCUAUUCCCAUGCUUUAUAUAUCACAAUGAACAGUGGUGUCAAAUAUGGAAUUCUUAAAAAGAGCUUUACUUGUAAAGGAUUUUGAUGUUGUUUUUACAUUUGAUAUGAACACUAACCCGUUAAAAUAAAUCUUACUACUUAAAUAUCAUAUGUCAGAAAAAAUAUUUUUACAUUGUUCUUUCUGUGCAAUGAAAAGUCCUUUGCUAAAAUUUGCUAAAUGCUUUACUGAGGACAAUCCAUGCAGAAAAACAAUGUAUUUAGAAAGUCUUACUGGAUUCAGUCUGUGCAAAAUGGAAAUUUUUCUAGCAUCUAGAUUUGCUGUGUGGAUUUGGUCAACACACAUAGUUUUUAAUGUUGGCUUUCAUUGUACUGAUACCAAACUUUGGAGAAAUGGAGGCAAGUAUAGACAUUUUCUUGCUACCAUCUUUGCUACCAAGAGGUUCAGUAUUGCUCCUUUUGCAUGUCCCAUAGCUCUUCGUGCAAGCCCGUCCCACUUAUAUAUUAAUGUAGUAAUUGGAAAUUUGUAAUACGUUUGCUUUUGUUUCUUUCAGCAUACCUGGGGCAUAUAAACUAUAACAUUUAGAUACCAAUAGAUAUAAUUUCAUGAACUGACAAUAUACUUAUAAUAUAGAAUAUAAAAAAACUAUGCAGAGUCAUUUGAUAUAUUUUAAGUGUGCCUUUGUAAAUUUUAAGUUUUGCACACUACAUUACUAAUCAUAACUAAUAUUGUAAAACAGUUAAUUUAUAAAUCAAAAGUUACUAUAGUUUUAAAACCAGUAUGAAUAAAGAUUAAAACAUGAUAUCAACUUAAGUUUGCCUUUAUGCAAUUUGCAUAUGAAAUAAAAGUUAAGACCUUUACAGUAAUUUUAAAGGGAUGAAGUAAACUAUAUAGCAGUGAUGAGCUUUUUUUAAACCAUUUUUUUAAAGAUUUAUUUCAUUAUGAAAAACAGUGGAGUACACUGCGAAGUAACCCAAAACAGCUGUACACUUAAAGGCAUUCGUGUGAGCUUGACCAGUAGGGAUUUGAGUUUUUGUGGAAGCUUUUUAUAGAAAGCUUUCCUUUUUUUUUCUUCUACCCUUUUGGUAACACUCGAAUAGGACUAGAUAAUUUAUUCUCUUCCCAUUUUGUCUUUUUUGAUUCCCUAAGGCAGUCUCUGUAAAGCACCCUUCUAAUUGUUCCCCUUUCUUCAAGCAGAGGAUAGAAAAGGUGUCAGUAGCAGGAGAGGAGGAAAUGAAGAUGCUUUUCUUCACUCUUCUUUCAUCCUUCCAAUGCAUAACAGAGUACCUCAGGGUUGUAAGCAGUGGCAUUAGGGGACUGCCAUUUUCUCAAGGCUUACUGUGCCAUUCCUUCAUGAGAACUAGUUUUACUCAGAUAUACUCUGGGCCCAGAGCAAGAGGAGGGAAAAAGGAUGGAAAUUAUCUGGCAGCUGCUGCGGCUGCUGCGGCUGCUGCUGCGGCUGUUUUUCCUGUUCCUCAAUUUUAAGGUAAAAUUGCCAAGGAGAGAACAUGUGCUCUAUCCAUUGGAAAAGAAAUAUAUAAUGGUGGCUUGAACAGAAGACAGAGAAGCCUUUUCCAUCCCCAUCCUGGUCAAAGCUAAAAUGCAGAUGGUGACAGUGAGAGUUUGUUCCUUUUUGGCAAUAUUUUAAGAGUCCUAGAAACUGGUCCCCAACUUCAGCUUAGAUAAACAUUCACAACUUUUCUAAUACAAUUCUCUAAAUAACUAGCUUGAUCGGCUUCUUUUGAAAUAUGAUAAUCUUUUGUUCUUAAGAGUCCAAGGGACCAAAAUAGUUCAGCAUUCAAACAUUUUUAUAUGGUGAAGAUAAUACUGAAACAAUUUUCUCAUCAUACUGAUGUGGAGGAUAAUAUGCAGGUUUGGCCAUCUUUUCAGACACUGGUAACCAGACAAUGACAGUUAAAAAUGGUGGAAAACGUACAAAAUUGUCAACUCUCAAGGGAUUUUAACAGUCCCAUAAAGCCCAAUAAGGCUUUACAACAUAUUGUGUGUUUAUAAUUUUAUUUAUACACACAAAGUUAUAAAAUUAAGACAUUCUGUAAAAGACUGACAAGGUUGUAGUUUUGUUGUUUUUAGUAGUAUUUCAAAUUUCGAAUUAUAGUUAUACUGUACUGAUCAUAUCAGAUCUGUAAAAUGCUUAUAAGGAACAAUAGCCCAUAACUAAAAAAUCUCAAGUUUAGGUUAAGACUGAAUUGAAUUAACUUCAAUUCCUUAUAAUAACCUGGAGGAAUAAUAAAAUGCUUAGAAGUUAAGGAUUUUACUAAAUAUUUAAAUUGCUGCCCAUCUUUUAUUAAUCUUUCACAAACCUAUAUUAAAUGGCUGUUCUAAAAAAAUAAUGAAUUGCCAGCUAAGCAUCAUGAAUUCACUUUUUAGUUAGCUUGUUUGUACUGUACUAUUAAAAUGGUUUCAGUAAUAUCUUAAUUAUUUACAUUUUUUAAAAAUUGCUUUAAUCUUAAAUUACCUCAUGAAAAAACAAAGGUACAUUUACCUCUGUGUAUAUAAUAUUUAAUGUUUCUCAGAACAUUAUGAAGGUUGGGUAUUCUAUGUUUCUCUGUGUCUUAAAGUAUGGUAUUGUUCUGAUCAAUCUGCAACAUUGCUGGUAUUAAUUAGCUCUGAUCCAAAGCGUUCUCUGUUACUUGGAGUUCUUGUUAAGACAGGCUCUUUUGUUGGCUUCCCUAUUGGAAGGCUGCCUAAUAUAUUCUGUGUAGAAGGAUCCAUACAAUGGCCUAAUGCAAAUUUUUAUGGGGCUGUAUGCAUAGACAGAAGUAUCUGCAUAAUUAAAUAGGCAAUGGAUUAGCUGGUUGUCAGAUUUUUGUCCAAAUUGCAUAUUUUUAUUUCUGUUCGAUAGUUUUGGUAAAUAUAUUUGCUCUUUUAUGUUUCCAGAACUAUAUGGUAAAGACAUCCUUAUAGUUUAGUUGAUGCAUUUUGAGAAUAUGUACAAAUGUCAUUUUUAAGCCUUAUAGAAUUAUUCAUUUCUCUAUAUAUUCCUGAUUAUGUAUUUGUAGAGUAUACAAUGGAGAAAUGUAAAUUGUUGGUUAUUGUUAAGUGCUAACACUAAGUUGAAAAUAAAGCAGUGACAUUUUU